UGACAGUUUUUUGUUUAUUUUCAAUCUCAACACAUGUGCUGACGGUUUCUGUGGACAGUGAAUUCAAUUUAGUGAGGUAAAAUUAAAUUUGCCGGAAUAUAUACCGAAUACCGAAAGAUACAGCAAUGAACGUCGAUCCACUGCCGGAGCGGUUUGCACCGAGCAAUAUCGAUCUGAAGCGCAAGGAGGUGUCGCAUAUUUCUGCCUGGAGGGACAAGGAGGAAUUCCAGCAUGUCUAUGAACUCAUCUUCGCCCAAAAAUCCGAUACUACCGCGAAGGAAUCGGCCCUUCAGACGCUCAAAAUGUGGAAAAUCAGACAGAGUAGACACACCCCGGUUAGCGUGCUUUGCACGAUAGCAAUUCUCGAGGGACAGAAUUAUGACGCCCGUUGCAAGCAGGACGGACGGGAUAAUGUCGUUGAGGUGAAGAGUGUUUACUCGGGGGCAUUCACGCGGUUCAUAAACCAUUUGACGGAAUAUCACCAGCAAACUGGCGCUGGCCGACGGGGAACGAUGGCCACCAAGGUGAAGGAGAUAGGAAUCGAGGGUUUCUUGGUGGAGUUGCGACAUCUGUGUGCUCACAGUUCCGUGUCGAUAUCGAUUGAUGUGUUUCGAAGGUCUGCCGAGUACUGUAUGAACUGGCUGGAGACGUGCUACUGGAAACGGGAACUGCAGCAGAUUCAGAAUUGUGAUGUUAGACAUAUCAAACAGGCGGUUCUGGGGGAUAAGUUCCAGGAUGAUUUGGACUAUAUUGUAAGGAUUUAUGACAUUGCAACGAAGGCGAUUCAUAAGGGAGCAAGCUCGUUGAGUGGUGCUGAACAACAUUUGACCCCGCCCCAGUUCAAACUCCUGCAGGAGCAUGCCAAGGCAAACCGCGUUGAUCAGCUGAAUUCUAUUGUUUUUGACAUUGUCCGCUUCAUUGCGGAAAGCAUGCAGCUGCCGAGGUGCUUCGAGACCACUCUGGGUGUUUGCGGGGCUUUGCUGAACUGUCACUAUAUGCUCGAAGCACCAGCGAAAGGCUCCACCCAAGGGUUACCUCACAUUCAUCAGCGUCUGUUUCAAAUGUUGGUUGUCAAAGGAUACAUGCAAACCUAUUUGGAGAAGUUGAUUGCAAUUUGCGAGGAUGAUCAGGAACGUCACGAGAGGCGACUCGGGGCGAAAUUUUGGGCUAUUGCAAUUACACGCGCUUAUCGAUUGUUGAAGAGGUUCAAAAAGGCACUGAAGGAUAUGCCGGAGAAGUUGCAUCAGUUCAAUCGAAAGGAACACACGAGGAAGAUGUCAAAAACUGUGAAAGCGAUUUAUCAAAAUAAGCUGCGAUUGGAUUUGAAGAACACAAUUGUAAUCGGAAUGUCGGUCAACUGCCCUUGGCAUUUAAAGCUUUCCAGAAACUAUCUUGUGGAGCGAAUUUUGAACGUGAAUGGGUACACGAAGGAGAUUCUCCCCAAUCUUCUUGCUCUAGCGGAUCCUUCUCUUAAUCUGAAUCAACGCGAACUCAUCGAGGGUGCAGUCGAAACAUUCACUAUGAAUUUUCUGUCAGUGGUCGAGGAUGAGGAAAUGUUGCAGGAGGAUCCUGCGGUUAGUGGGAGAACCUCAACUCCGAAGCGAGGCGCUAAUGCUCGGAAACAAGAAUCGUACAAAGUGUUCACACUGGAAGAUGCGUUGAACGCGUCUGCCGGAGAGAAAGAGAACGCGGGAACGAAAUCGGCAAAUAGUGAAAAGGUGAAACAAUUUGGAAUUUGGUCUGAGGUGCAGCGCGAUGAAGCGGAUUGGGCAACGUGUCCUCUGGGGAAAAUUUUAUGGGACUAAUAAAUAGUAGAUUUCUCA